AUAGAGGACAACAAGCUAGGAUAGGGGGUGGGGUGUGAAUUAGAGAGGAAGGGAUAAGUGGAGGAGUAGGAAAGGGAGUACAGGUAAAGAGAUAGAGAAGUCAUAGAACCAAAGAGAACCUAGAAUCUGGAAUCUAGAACCUUGAGACUGGAAAGGACCAUUUAGGUCAUCUUGUCCAAUCUGCUCUUUUUAUGGAGGGGGAACCUGAAGGCCUGCAGAGAAGUCACUUGCCUUGGGUUACUUAGUGGCCCACUCAGGACUAGAACCCAAGCCUCUUGCAUUCUAGUCUGGGGUUGCCUCUUUAAGCUACUAAAGGGGGAGGGUAGGGGAAUAAGAGGUGGGUGCUGACUUGGAAAGAUAGGAUUAGGGAAAAGGGUAGAGUGAUCAUUAGUAAAGCGCAUCCCAGUGGCAACCUUCUGGACAACCUCCUCUUGGCCCUGACCUUGGGCAGUGGCCCCUGAGAUCCUGGUCCUGAGGCCAGCAGGAAGAUGGCUUAGAGAACCCAGGUCUCCUGGUCUGUCUGCUUCAGCACAUUUGCCUCUUGACAUCCUACUGAAUGCUUAGUUCCUGUGUGCUGAUAGGGGGAGGUGGGGGGUGUCUGUGUAUGGGGGCUAUUCUCUGCCUCCUCCAGCUGCCUUGUGCUGCCCUCCCUACUACCCCCUCCCUCAAGCCAGGCUGGAGAGUGAUGAACACCAACGAAGGAGAGGCCAGGUAUGCCCUGGGGUCACAUCAAUUUACGGGUCCAGGGGUCAGAACCAGAAGGGUUUUCCUAUGAUCACCAUCAGAAGCUCCCUGCUGUGCAAGUUACCAAUCAUGGAAAAAGAAGGCAGCUGGGGAUUCCAAGGCUCCCACCUAUAUUUCCACCACAGCCGGACCCGAGGAAAUCCAGUUACUUUCCAAGAAGGCAGGAGCAGAAAAUACCCCAGGGCCAAAGAAGCUUGUCUCCUGAGGAGGAUGUGCGCUUCUCUUGGGAGUUCAGGCCGGGGCUCCUGACCUCGGCAAGGCAGGGCUACAAGAGAAAUCCGGAGGCCCACUACUUGCCUACCUUCGCACAGCAGGUCCAGCAGAAGCAGGAGAAGCUGAAGUCCAAAGCCUUAUCAUUCCAGGGACAGGUCAGCAGUGUCCAGGGUGGAAAAACAGGCCAUGCAUUCCCAAGGACAGAUACCUGGGCCACUAGUGAGAGAGAGGGUCCCCAGUGGAGCGUAGGCUGGGGAGCAAAGGACUUCCCGAGCCCAGUCCUGGGAGAGUUACUCCCCAACAGGCCCAAAGUCUCGCGGGAACCAACAGAGAAGCCCUGCAGAAAGCGUCUACAACAUUCCACAUCGUUUCCCUCCAAACAAGACAAUUCCUCGGGCUGCAGCUGUGAUUCACCUGGCUGUUCUUUUUGCUCUGAUCCUCCAGACCUCUGGUCAAAGAAUAGGCAGACUGUGAAGCUUAAACCAGCUCUUAUCACCAGCUGCUCCGAUGAUGCAUCAGGACCCCAGAAACGCUUCCACCCAUUUCGGGUGCGCUUUGCAGAUGAGAGCCCCAAGGACAUGGCACUGCGAUACUGGGAGAGGAACUAUGAGGUUCAGAGGAGCCUCCUCAAGAGCCCAACAUCAUGUAAAUACCCAGAACAAGUGUCAGGGAAACUGGGGAUUUGGAUGGAGAAAGUCCCAAGGAGUGGAUCUCAGCAAACAAAUGUGUGGCGAGACGACUUCCUUCGUGCUGGAAGAUUGGACACCAUGCCCAUGUCAUUCCAGGAGCUACCUGCUGAUAAUCUAAAGAAGAAUUCCACCUACAACUCUCUGCAUACCAGCCCGUUGGCUAGCCUCGACUUCUCUGGUACCAGGCCAUACCAGGACCAGGCCACUGAUCCACCUAAGAAGAGUUCCAUCUAUAACUCUUUGCACACCAACACCUCCAGUGGCAUUGACUUCUCUGGUACCAGGCCAUUCCAAGACCUUCCUGCUGAUUCCCCCAAGAAGAGUUCUACCUUCAGCAAUCUGUACAGCAGCACACUGGCUAACAUUGACUUCUCUAGUCCUAGGUCAUUCCAGGAUCUGUCCAUCGAUCCUGCUAAACACACCUCUAUAUUCACCAGCCCAGCAGUCAAUACUGACAGACCAAGAAACCGAACCUUCAGCACUGGAGCCUCCCCAGUGAAUGAGAACUCUCCUUCCUUGUGGGCUCCCAGAAUGGAUACUUUUGUACCUCCCUUGAUGUUGUCGACUACUCGGAAGGGAGGACAGACAGGAGCUUAUCAGUUCUUUCCUCCACUUACCCCACUUCGGGCUCAAAGGUAAACCAGAAACUUUGAUUCAAAGACCAGAGAAGUAAGAGAGUGGUCAGGAUGCUGGCUGAGGAAGAAGCUAUUCUAGAGCCAAAUAAACUUGCCUCCCAGCAUGGGUAGGACCCAUUCCCUGUC